GCCUGAUUUUGCGCCUCUUUUGCUGGAUAUUCGUUCGUUUCUACACCCCGUGAUCGACGCGGACCUUAGUGAGAGCAGCCGGGAGGCCGAAAUGAACCGGAGCUUUAAUAAUAAGGCGCAGAGUUUGCGCCAGCCGGGCUUGGACGCGGUGGAGGUGAAAAGCAAAUACGGCGCGGAGUUCCGCAGGUUCUCCGUGAACCGGACCAAGCCCGGCAAGUUUGAGGAAUUCUUCAAGCUGAUCAUGAACCUGCACCGCAUCGCCAACAUGGAAAUAAUGAUCGGGUACGCCGACGUACACGGAGACCUGCUGCCCAUCAACAACGACGACAACUUCUGCAAGGCCGUGUCGACCGCGCACCCGCUGCUCCGGAUCUUCAUCCAAAAACAAGAGGAAGUCGACUACAGCAACUUCGGCACCAACACGCUGACCCGGAAAAAGAAAGCGGGCGUGGCGCUGCGCAACGACCUGAACAAGAAGCGUCCGCCCAUCCGGAUCGGCCUGCCUCAGGACUUCCGCCCGGUGUCGUCCAUCAUCGACGUGGACAUCGUACCCGAAUCGCACCGACGCGUCCGGCUGUACCGUCACGGCUCGCACAAACCCCUCGGCUUCUACAUCCGCGACGGGACCAGCGUCCGCGUCACCACCCACGGCCUGGACAAGGUCCCGGGCAUCUUCAUCUCGCGCAUGGUCCCCGGGGGCCUCGCGGAAGGUACCGGACUGCUGGCCGUAAACGACGAGGUUCUGGAGGUGAACGGCAUCGAGGUGACGGGCAAGACGCUGGACCAGGUAACCGACAUGAUGAUCGCCAACAGCCACAACCUCAUCAUCACGGUGAAGCCGGCCAAUCAGCGCAACAACGUCAUGCGCGCCAGCCGCAUCUCGGGCAGCUCCGGCCAGUCCUCGGACAGCAGCACCAGUUCCAUGCCGGCCUCCAUGCCCGUCUUGAGCUCCAGCUACGCCCACGACGACCUGGAAAGCGACGAAGAGACGGACAUCGUCAUCGAGAGCAGCAUCAACCGCCCCAAUCGCCAUUCUCACGCCUCGCUGGCGUCGGUGGCGUCCCGAUCCACCCAGGCGUCGCCUCCCAAACCGCAGAGCAGACCCGUGUCUGUCGUCUCCACGGCGUCGUUCCAUUCCCACGCCAGCCUGAACGGGCAUAACGAUCUGAGCUACAGGCUCCACAGAGACCUGAACGUCCACCAGACGCCAUAUAACGGCGCCCGGCAGAGCAACGGCAGCCUGCAUAAAAUCCUGAGCAGCCUCAGAACGGACCCACGGAACAGCCUGUCACUGCCCACCGGAGGUGUGGAGGAGGAUGGCAUGGUCAUCACGUUAUAACUGUCGGUAAAUUUGAUUGAGCACUCAGAGACGUUAUGGCCUGGGCUUACAGACUCGACGUGGGACCUUCCUGUUUUGUUUUUUAUACAAGUGUUUGUAAUUUAAUACGUCGUGUUACAUUUUUACUCGCUCUUUGAGGAUGUACGCUGGCAUGUCGUGGGCACAGGGUCUCGCCUGGCACACGUCUCCUUUUAUUCUGAGGAAAAUAAAUAAUGUAUUAAUGCCCUUUU